UCGAACGGCCGUUGUCAACGUGAGAACUUGACGCUGUCGCAAUAAACUAGCUAGUUCUAGCUAGCUAGCUAGAUAGAUAGCUAGCUAGCCCUUUUCUUCUUCUUUUUUUUUGUCUCAUCCUCGAUUCUUAGUCGUUUCCUUCUAAAACAAACCCUACUUUUAAAAACCUCCCUCCCUCAAUCAUUUUCUUCAUUCAAUGUUCGUAAAACACGCAAACAAGGACGGAACAAAAAAAAAGAAAAAACUGUGUAGAUCUUGUAAGGUAUGCGUAAUACGCCUUCUCCCCACUUUCCUUACCACGGAUGACCUCCUGGUGGUCGUAUUCUAACCUGCCUCGAAGGAAUAAAUGUACAUUUGCCGGCAGACACGAGGCUUUUAGUGACGACUUGACGAAACGUGCCGUUAACGUUAGUUCGUCUUGCAUAGUCUUUCUGAUACGAGAGAACGUGUCGAGAAGGUGACGAGAAAAUUUGUAAUAUUCAAAAUUCAAAUAUCGAAUGAAUAUUCACACCUGUGAACGUUCAAUUUGGGAUAUCUAGUAUCGAUAUAAUGGAACUUUUAUCAUGGUCAAGGAUCAUUACUUUUAUACCGUCGAAAACGUUGCUUCUAUUUUUGUUGUCUUUUGUAAACGCACAAUUGGAUCUACCUGGUCUGCGCGAAUCAAAUGGCAACGGAUAUGCAGGACAACUUCCUUCAAACGAGUUGGACUACCAAAACAUUUUAGCGAGAUUGGAUUUUCUAGGUGCUGAACGAUGCAGUGCAAAUGUAGCUGCCCAAUGGGGUUACGAGACCAAUGUCAACGAAUAUUCACAAUUACAAGCGCUCGAAGCUCAACAACUGUACUCUGAUUUUCAAAAUCAGGCAUGGCAAUUGAUAUCGAGAAUUGAUAUUAACAAUAUAAGGGAUCCAAUAAUAAGACGUCGUUUAAGGUACCUUUCCGUGGUUGGGCCAUCAGCUCUACCUUUGGAUCAAUUAGAUAGAUAUAAUCGAAUAAUCAAUGAUAUGCUUGCAAUUUACAAUGGAGCAAGUAUUUGCGCUUACAACGAUCCCUUUAAUUGCGGACUACGUUUAUAUCCAGAUAUUGCUGGGAUAAUGGGAAAAAGUCGAAAUUGGGACGAAUUGCAAUACGUGUGGACGGAAUGGAGACGACGUAGCGGUGCACCUAUGAAAGAUCUUUAUCAACAACUUGUGACGUUGAACAACGAAGCAGCCAGAUUGAAUAAUUUCUCUGAUGCUGCACAGUAUUGGAUGUUCCCAUACGAAUCAUCAAACUUUCAACAAGAUAUCGAAAACGUAUGGGAAUCGAUUAGACCACUUUACGAAGAACUUCACGCUUAUGUUAGGAAAAAGUUGAGAGAUUUGUACGGACCCGAAAAAAUAAGCGGACACGCUCCACUUCCUUCUCACAUAUUAGGAAAUAUUUGGGCUCAAUCAUGGACUAAUAUUCAAGAUAUUACAAUUCCAUAUCCCGGUAAAAAUUAUUUAGAUGUAACGCAAGAAAUGCAAGCUCAGGGUUAUACACCGAUAGACAUGUUCAGAAUCGGUGAAGAAUUUUACUUAUCAUUAAACCUGAGCGCUAUGCCACCGGAAUUUUGGGCAGGAAGUAUAAUCGUCGAUCCAGGUGAUCGUUCUCUAAUCUGUCAAGCCUCGGCAUGGGAUUUCUGUAAUCGUCUAGAUUAUAGGAUCAAAAUGUGUACCAAAGUUACCAUGAAGGAUCUCAUCACCGUGCAUCACGAGAUGGCACACAUUCAAUACUUCUUACGAUACAGUGGACUACCACGUGAAUUUCGAGACGGCGCUAAUCCAGGUUUUCACGAAGCUAUAGGCGAAGCUGUGGCCCUGAGCGUAGCAACACCUCGUCAUCUACAAACUUUGGGAUUAGCCAAUAAAUACAUAGACGAGUACGCAGCUGAUAUUAAUUAUCUAUUUUCAUUGGCAAUGGAAAAAUUGGUUCUCCUUCCGUUCAGCCUAGCAGUUGACAGAUGGCGAUGGGACGUUUUUCGUGGUUACAUUAAUCGAGAAGAAUAUAAUUGUCAUUGGCACAGAUUGAAGGAACAAUACAGCGGCGUUAAACCACCUGUUCUUAGAUCAGAAGAUGAUUUCGAUCCUGGUGCGAAGUAUCACAUUCCAGCUAACAUUCCGUAUAUUCGAAAUUUCGUUGCCGGUGUUCUUCAAUUCCAAAUCUAUCGUGCGUUGUGUCGGACCUCUGGUCAAAGAUUUUCAGAAGAUUCUCGAAGACCCUUGCAUAAAUGUGACUUUUAUAGAAAUCCCGAAGCUGGAAGAAUUCUCGGAAACUUGAUGGAAAAGGGUUCGUCGAUGCCAUGGCAAGAUACUCUUGAACAAGCAAUCGGUGAAGACAGAUUGGACGGUUCAGCUUUAAGAGAAUAUUUCAGGCCACUUGAAGACUGGUUGAGAACGGAAAAUCUUAGGACCGGUGAAGUAGUUGGUUGGUCCUAUGAUGGUGAUUACUGCAAACGUAGUAUAGAAACUGCCGGAUUGCAAGUUUACGGAAGUGGAUAUUACAAUCAUGCAUUUUCGAUGUUCCAAACAUCUCGUGUAAUGGAAACAACGAUUCUUCUUUUUAUCGCGAUAUUUUUCUACUGAGAGAAAUCUAUUGACAAGUUCUACAAACGUGUGAACUAAAAACGUUGCCAAAAAUGGUUAAGUAUAAUAUAUGCGACAGAACUAUAAAGUGUGAGAGAGAAAAGAAGUUGAAACCAAAGGGUUAAAUCAAAGAAUUCAGUAUAAAAGAAAUGACUAUUUUGUUAAUGGUCAAGAUUGAUCUUUCAUUACUGAAUCUUCAAUACAGGAAUAAUGAAACAAUUUUAAUAGUUAUAACAUAUCAAAUGUGUGUCGAAUUUAUGUAUGUUUGUAUGCAUCACACGCGAGCGUAUAAAUCUCAUAGAUUACGUACACCACAUUCAUCUGUUUAAC